AAAUCAUUUCUAAUCUAUUAUAGGUACAAUACUCAUCUGCCCUUAAAUGGUCGAAGCAUACCUCAGUGGUGAAGAUAUUAGAUAAUGCACGGUGCUAUCGUAUGUCAGCACGAUGUACGGGCGUCAAGGCGUGUCAAUAUCUCGCUCAGGAUAUCAUCGAUCUGAAGCAUACGUGCUUCGAAGAAGAUGACUGGGAGAAAAUACGUAAUUCUCGCAAUGCAUAUCAGCAGUCGAGCCUUACCCAGCAAGCGAAUAGCUUUUACCUGCCUAUCAUAGAAGCCUUUCGCAAGGGAUCUGCUUGUAAAGACAUUCAAGACGAGAACUGUAUUCCAGAGGUUUACCAAAGUUCACAAGUGACUAUCUCGGGCGUCCCAAACUUCUACAUCCGAUGUGAGCGUCAUACAUAUGGCUCACAACAUUUCUUCCGAUCUAUUCCAGGAUAUCUUUAUCCUCGAAUUACUGAAAUCAAGGCCCUCUUCAACACUACAGAACAUGACACUGUCGUCGAGCCAUGUGCUGUACUCAAACAGAUGAAUAGCAGGGCCAAACGCUGCGGUAAGUCAUUACUAAUAUGUUUAUAAUAUAUUCUAAAUCAGUUUAGGUGUUGAUCAUCCCCAGGGACAGGGAGAUAUCGUUGUACUCCCUUGUACCGUACAAUUUACGGUGUAUCUCUCAAUUGAAAUGGACGAGACACCUUACUUCAUAUGGUUAUCACAUGGCACCCAUCGACAUCCUCCACCUCC